AUGUCAACGUCUCUGCCUACUAAAGCUUUAAAUCCCCCAUUGAGACUGAUACAAUCUUUGGACAUUAUCAUCACGAUGUUUGCUACGUCCAGUGCACCGACUACGGGACUUAUGAACUCAGGAAACGUCACCGGAAACAUGAGCGCCAUGAAUAACACUGGUCCUGGAAAUGGGAACAAUAACUCCAACAACAGCGUGAAAAGCGGUUCGGGAAACCUCAAUUCCAAUGUGGGCCCUCCCGCUCCCGGAAACGGUGGACAAAAUACGUUGCAUGCUCUAGAUGACCCAAACGUGUACCACUGGAUCUGUCAACUCACGUACGGACCCAACAAAGAACAAGCACUUCUGGAGUUGGGCAGGAAACGAGAACAGUAUGAGGAUCUAGCCGUGGUCUUAUGGUCGUCCUUUGGCGUAGUCGCAGCGCUGUUGAGCGAAAUCACGUCCGUGUACCCAAUGCUUUCGCCACCGGUGCUGUCGAACCAGCUCAGCAAUCGCGUUUGUAACGCACUGGUACUUUUGCAAUGCGUUGCUUCGCACCCAGAAACAAAGACACUUUUCCUACAGGCCCACAUCCCACUUCUGUUGUUUCCAUUCCUCAACACAACCUCCAGGCAACGCACUUUCGAGUAUCUGCGUUUAACGUCUUUGGGAGUAAUCGGAGCCCUGGUUAAAAACGAUUCUGCAGAAGUGAUAGCCUUCUUGCUUCGCACAGAUAUUAUCCCGCUUUGUCUUCGUAUAAUGGAGUCCUCUUCAGAACUCUCUAAGACUGUGGCCAUUUUCAUUCUACAGAAAAUUUUGCUGGACGAUGCAGGGCUUCAGUAUAUAUGUGCGACUCCAGAACGGUUCCACGCCGUCUCCCAGGUACUCACAUAUAUGGUGGAGCAGCUCACCUUACAACAAACUCCUGGGCGGCUCUUGAAGCACGUGGUGAGGUGUUAUCUGCGUCUCAGUGACAACUUAGAGGCCAGAAGGUUGCUCAAACAAGUGCUGCCACGCCAGUUGAAAGACAACACUUUCGGCGAAGUUUUGAGAGACGACUUAGGUACCAAGAGGUGCUUGGCCCAACUUCUGCUUACUUUGAAUGAAGAUUAA